AUGCUGAGGCUUCCCAUUGCCUGUGGGGAUUUUUGGGAAUUUGGAAUGACAGCACCUUUCCCUCUGUGAAGGAGUUGCCUUGAAUCUCCAGCGAAAAGGAGAGAAAGAGACGCUUUUGCAGAGUCAAAGGUGUAUCUAAAUGCAUUUCUUGGUUUUAAUGGGACCUUGGACACUUUGGCGUACCUAAUGUUUACCAUGACAGCCAUUUAACUUUUCAGCAGAUUUUAAACUUCUCCAAGGAUGAUUGGAUCAAAGUGCUUAUUUGCGCUGAGGAACUAAUCCAGUCCAAAUGGUGAAACAUGUCAAUCAUGGCAGUUUCUGGCUUCAGAUGAAGACUUCUCUGGAUAUUCCUUAUGGCUAGUUUUAAACUGUAGAUUGAAAUAUGGACAAUCGACCCAUGAUGACUUUAAAAGAACAGCUGUCAUCAGUGUCGCAGGAGUCCCCAAGAAUUACUUUCUCUGUAGAGCUUUCAAUGGCAGACUCAAGGGUGGAUGGAAGUCCAAACUUACUAGAUAGUUCCUUAAAGAGAGAUCGCCAUUCAGUAGGUCUUGAAUCUAUUAUAGAUGGAAAUGUGGUUGCCCAAACACAGUUUGAGCUGAAGAAUGGAAGUAUCAAUGACCAGAAAGUAGGCAAAAGUUUAGCCAAGAAGUUCAAUCAAACUGCACCAGAUAAUCGGCAAAAUAGACAAAGCUAUGUUCUACAAGUUAACAAGGAUGGACCUUGUUUUAUUUUGAACACACUUACAAAAGAAUAUAUCCUUGAAACAAUGGUGACAAAUGAAUACAUUGAAGAUCAAAGCACUUCUGCUUGGAUAUCAAGCACAAAACCUGAGCUGAAUGGCAGUUAUCAUGCACAGGACAAUGAGACAUUGGGUAAACAUAUGUUGAGUACUAGUCCAAUGGCUAACAGCCAUGACAUGGACACAUCCAAAACUUCCUAUACCUCCUCUGUUUUAACAAUCAGAUCCAAUUCUGACUCAACCUACACAUUUGCAUCCUCUCCCAGAAGCCCCUCCCACCUUGUGCACCCUAAAUCAGCUCCUUUGCCCAUUUCUAGGGGGCCAGAUCUUCCCCGAAUCAUCAAACACAAGCCCAGCUCCAUCACCUUUGCAGACUACGACUGCCUUUCAGGUCUGAUCCAGAGUGCCCAGGCCAAUGAGAGUUCAGAUGUUUCUCAAACAUCUUCUGAUGAUGAGGGUCGUGAUGUGGUCUUCCAUGAUGAUGGUGAUGAGGUAUUCCCUAAGGUUACCAAAUCUAAGGAGCUUCUUCCAGGCUCCAGUCGACAGAGGAGUGGUGGUUGGGACAAGCAAAUGAGGAAAGGAACCAGUGAAGAAGGAAGUUCCACCACCAGCCUCCCACCAACCAGCGCCAGCAGUUAUGAGUCCGAGGAGGAGAGCAGCAGUACAGAGGAGUCUACCCAGGUCCUGUCUCCAUGGUCUGAAUCCAUGACCCAGCUAAUACGGAGAUUAGAUCAACUAAACUUGGAUAUAGAGGAAGCUCUCAGUGCUCGCUCCUCCCGCUCUGACACACCCAGCACUGCCUGCAGAUAUCUCGCAAAUGUCAGAGAAUCCCUGCAGAGCGGAGUUGCGGGGGUAAGCCAGACCCUCAACUACAACAACAUGGCCAGAAGAACAGAUACAAGGGAACGCCACAGCCAAGAGAGACUCACAAAAGCGGGAGCCACUUCCUCUCUGGGGAGAUCACAUGGUAAAAAGACAGAGAUGUCCAUCAAGAAGAGGCAUGGAGCUGCAGAAAUUGAGGCGAAGGAAGCUUGUGACUGGCUGCGGGCAGCAGGAUUCCCCCAGUACGCCCAGCUCUUUAAAGAUUCUCAAUUUCCUAUUGACAUCUCUCCUGUGAAGAAAGACCAUGACUUCUUGGACAAAGAUCUAGUGGAACCUCUUUGCAGGCGAUUGAAUACGUUAAACAAGUGUGCUUCUAUGAAACUUGACGUUAACCUUCCCAAGAAAAAAAGUGAAGACUCAGAUGAAGAUGAUCUCUUUGCCAUCAGUGACAAAUGGACUUUUGAAUGGAGCAGUCGCCGUUGGUCCAGGCUCGAAGACAUCGACUGCCUCCUGAGGGGUGUGGAGAGUAGAAACCUAGAUGAGCAGUCUGUGUUGCGGACAACAACCAGCAGCGAGAGCGUUCUGACCGACUUGAGCGAACCGGAAGUCUCUUCAAUUCACAGUGAGAGCAGUAGAGGCAGUGGCGGCAUAUGUGCACACAGCGCGGAAGACUCAGACAGCUCCCACCGUACCCGCUUGGACUCAGUAGCCAUGCCCGACCACACAUCACUGGGAGUGGCCCACCUCUCUCCAGAUCUUUCGAGCUAUGGCUCGCUGCCCGAAAAGCACAGCAAGCGAGGCCGGACGCGAGCUAAGGAGUUCUUAGGCCGUAUGGAGGCUUUGCAGUUACGGGGAGCCAUGGGGGGUGGAGGACACCGGAAUCUUGUUAUAAGUGCCCCGGUUCUGCAACAGGAACCAGAGGCAGUGAAAACUCUCCGCUGUGUGGAGAUCAUCAAUGGGGAUGGGAGUCUGGUAGAGCCGCCCUCUGGGAUGGGGUUUCCCUCUCAGUCAAGUAGUGAAGGAAGUAGCAGCCAGUCAAGUGGGAGUGCUGUCAGUACUCCAAACCUCAAGGAACGCAAUGUCCACCGGGCCGAUCACAAGCGCAGUGGGAUGUACCUGGAAGACCUGGACGUGUUCUCCAGCGUCAUCCAGGGUAAGCGAGUAGCUGAGCAGAACCGUCGCAACGAGUUUCGCUCCUAUGAAGACCUAGUUGUACAUAUUCCUAAAGACCACAAGCCUGGAACCUUUCCUAAAGCUCUUUCUAUAGAGAGUCUUUCUCCCUCAACGGCAAUCUCCAUCAAUUGGCACUCGGCAAGCACAGACUCAGACUUCCAAUGUUCACCCUGCAUCAAAGAACCUCGUCCCAUCACCCAGUGCUGCUCCCGAGGCAGUCGGAUCAGCAUUUACGACAAUGUACCUGGGUCGCACCUCUAUGCCAGCACUGGUGACCUUAUAGACUUGGAAAAGGAAGAUCUAUUCCCACAUCUGGAUGAUAUUUUACAGCAUGUAAAUGGGCUUCAGCAGAUCGUGGACCAUUGGUCCAAGAAUGUACUGCCCACUAGUGAAAGUUCAGGGCAAGACCAAGUGUAUCUGAAUAGAGAUCGCACAGGGGGCUUGCAGUCUUCCAGCCAGAUAAUGCUGGACUUUGAAAGACACUCUGUGCUGGAGGGUCAGGCUACGCCCAGUGAUGGAGACAGGGAUGGGGUCUCGCUUAAUGAAACGGAAUCUACAGGCAUGAGGGAGAGGAGAGAUUCGGGCGUAGGGGCUUCACUCACUAGACCAAACCGCUUGCGAUGGCCCAGCUUCCAGAUUUCCAACCGCCUCAGUCAUUCGGUUGCCUCUCUCCAGAUCACCAGCCAAUCUGCAGCCCAGCUUAGCUUGCUACAGAAAUUUUCCUUGCUCCGUCUCACUGCCAUUAUGGAGAAGUACUCCAUGUCCAACAAACACGGGUGGACCUGGUCUGUGCCGAAGUUUAUGAAGAGGAUGAAGGUUCCAGACUAUAUGGAUAAGAAUGUGUUUGGUGUUCCACUGAUUGUGAAUGUACAGCGCUUCGGUCAGCCACUACCUCUUGGUGUACAGCAGGCUCUGCGAUACCUCAGGAGCCAAUGCCUUGACCAGGUGGGACUUUUUCGCAAGUCUGGGGUGAAGUCUCGUAUUCAAGCUCUCCGACAGAUGAAUGAAAGUUCUCCAGAUGAUGUCAACUAUGAGGACCAGUCUGCUUAUGAUGUGGCCGACAUGGUCAAACAGUUCUUCAGGGAUCUACCUGAGCCACUUCUGACCAGCAAACUGGGAGAAACCUUCCUCCAUAUUUAUCAAUAUGUGCCCAAAGAGCAGCGCUUGCAGGCAGUGCAGGUGGCAAUCAUGCUGAUGUCAGAUGAGAACAGGGAGGUCCUUCAAACCCUACUUUGCUUCCUCAGUGAUGUCACUUCCUCUGUACAGGAAAAUCAGAUGACACCCAUGAACAUUGCAGUGUGUCUGGCACCCUCACUCUUUCAUCUCAACAUCCUGAAGAAGGACAAUCUUGCACCAAGAGCUAUGCAGAUGCAGAAAAAGUAUGCCACAGGAAGGCCAGACCAAAAGGACCUGAAUGAAAACCUGGCUGCCACUCAGGGCCUGGCACACAUGAUCACAGAGUGCAACCGCCUGUUUGAAAUUCCACAUGAAAUGGUGACUCAGUCACGGAACUCCUAUGUGGAGGCGGAGCUUCAGGCUCCCACAAUUGAGGAACUCUGCAAGCAACAGCAUCAAGAGGAAGAGGGGGAGGAUAAAGGCUCCUGGUCCGCAUUCAUGGAGGCCAGACUACAGGGUCUCCUCAAAGAUGCCCGGGAAAAGGCCAAAGGCUGGGUGUCCUGCCAGAGCACGGGCAAUACUGAGCUGUCAUAUAAGAAGGUGGGUGAUGGAAACCCGCUGCGGCGUUGGCGGGUAUCGGUGGAGGUAGAGGCCCCUCCAUCGGUGGUUCUGAAUCGUGUGUUGCGGGAGCGCCACCUGUGGGAUGUGGAUCUUAUGAACUGGAAAGUGUGUGAGGUCCUGGACAGACAUACGGAAGUGUUCCAAUAUGCCCUCAACUGGAUGCCCCCGCACCCCAGCCGAGACUUUGUGGUGCUCAGGUCGUGGAGGACAGAUCUGCCACGGGGGACAUGUUCUCUGGUGUCUGUGUCCAUCGAGCAUGAGGACUGUCCACCUGUAGGGGGCAUCAGAGCAAUAGUGAUGGAAUCAAAUUACUUACUGGAGCCUUGUGGCUCUGGAAAGUCCAGACUUACCCACAUCUGCAGAGUGGAUCUGAAAGGGAGAACUCCGGAAUGGUAUAACAAAGCAUACGGACACCUUUGCGCCGCCGAAGCUGCCCGAAUACGCAAUUCCUUCCAAACAAUCCAUACAGAGGGUCCCGAAACAAAAAUCUGAGCCUCGCUGUUGUGCAGUGCUUGAGGAAGUUCUGUGACUCUAAAAACCUUACGAGGAACACUUGCAGCCCUUUGACUUUUGGACAGUGAGUCAGGCCUGGGUAUUAUACACCCAAACGGAAUGUCAUCAACUUAACAAUGUCCCUUUAGCUUGUCCAUUUUUAAUAUUAUUAUUUGUAUUAUAAUUAAUUAUUUUAUUCUUUUUUAAAGUGUAUACAAUCUUAUACAAUGUAUAGGAUGCCUAAGCUCUUUAGUGCUUCUGGGAAGCAUGUAUUUUAUUAAAUUAAAAUAAAUAAAGCUAUAUUUGCACAUGCAUGCACCACAUGUCCAUGUAUGUGUUUGUUUGCAUUUGUAUGUGUACUGCAUGUGUGUACAUACAAACAGUACAUACAAUUUGUGUAUAGACUAUAUCUAUCUAUCUAUCUAUCUAUCUAUUUAAAUGCUCAUAUAGUACGAACAUUUUGCAUAUAUGUAUUGAUAUCUCAUUUUGCACAGAUAUCAAUGUAAUUCAUAUGGUCCAAAAUGUUACUCAAUUGUAAGCUGGGUUUACUUUGCUUUCUUUGUGUUGCUAUUUUAAUGUUUGUCCAAGAAUGGGUGUAAUAUUAUGGAAUUUGUACUUGCUUGUCAUAAGGAUGGACAAUAUGACCUGGGUUUGAUUUUCUCAGACCUGCUUUUGUAGUACUGGAUUACAUUAAUGACAGAAAGAGACAAUGAUUUUUAAUUAAACAACGUAUAAUUGAAUUCAUAUUCGUUUGAUUACUGUUUUUUGCUCAUUAAUUGUCAGUGUCCUUUUAUUAGUUGUCUACUUACUGAUAUACAGUAGUAAAAAUCAGUUAUCACAAUAAUACUGUAAUCGUAAUCAUAACAAAUACUUCAAUGACACUGAAUUGAAAACAUUUUUAUUUUUUUUGCACAAUGGGAAGAUUUCAUCAGUCAAUAGAAGUGUGUAGCUUCAUUUGUGUUUGCAAAAGCAUUUAGGCCAAGUCAUCCCAGGGUUUUACUGCUAAAAGGUGAGAGGCCUCUCUUAUCCACUAGAUGCCAGUAUUUAUAAAUGGUAAAUCAUUGAAAAUGCAUCUUCAUGUGUUCUAUUCUCAGUUUCAAUAAAUAUUUGCAUGUUAUAAUCAGUAUUUGCUAGUGUAUACAAAAAGUCUGCAGUGUUUGGAUAUCUAAAUGCUUAAGCAUGCAUUUUUUUUAUGUUAAUAUUGGAGAAUGACACAAAUAAAAAAGGAUUACAUUUGA